AUGUUGCAACGUGGGGAUCUCUUGAGCAAUUUAGGUCAGCGGACUUCUUACCAAGAAAGUGCGGUGUGCCAAAGAGAAGUCCGGCGGUAUCUUUUCUCCGCGCCGGUCCGGUUGCGUCUUCUCCUGUGGAUCCGCACGGUCCCUUUCUUGGCCCGCGCAGUUGAUCUCCAGAUGAUCGCGCAGUACUCGUUCCGCUCGUACAUAUUUUAUAGAACGGGGUAG